UUAUCAAAUCUCCAUUUUUAUAGGCUGAAUCCGAAGAAGUUCGGUGUGCUUUAAACUUUUUGUGAACGUGUAAUUCACAGGAUGGAUAGGCGAUGGGGGAGAUCCAAAAUAAGCAAAAAUCAAAUUUUGCUACUUUGAGAUAUAUUAGACGCAGGAAUACUUCCAAAAGAUUUGCAUUAGAGAUGGAAAUGUAAGAUAGUGCAAGUCACUUAGAGAUUCUGGGGUUCUUGCAAUUUAUAGGACUUCGGGAUCGUUUCGAACAAUAAGCUUCAGAACUAUGGCGGAGGCGGACCCAUCGCCAUCGACGACGACGGUGACGGAUGUUGACGUGGACUCGCUGGCUCACUGUGCCACCUACCUCAGCUUCCAGGACCUCUCCAACUUGGCCAUGUCUUGCAAAUACCUCAAACGCGUCGCCUAUUCCGACUCCAUCUGGCUCCGCUGGUUCAGGGAACGCUGGCCGCAACAAGUUCCAUCGGGCUCUUUACAAACAAUGGGAGUGAGGGAAGCGUAUUUGGCGAGGUACACAGCAUUGAAGCAGUUCAAGUUCGUUGAUCCCUUAGUUUCUGACUUCUACACAGUUCCAAAACCUUACAACCAAAUAUUAUUCAAUAAAAAUAAUGUUGUCUUUUCACAGGGCUCAUUGAUAGGAAUUCAGAAGAUUGAUGGCCUUUUAACUGGAAGGUAUCCUGUCACCAUGCUAAGUGAUCAUAAUGCAAGAAUUACUUGUAUGAGGUUGUUUUCUCUCGCUGAAACUUCUUUAUUUCGAAAUGAAACACAAAGUAAAGAAAAUGUUUUGGUCACCUCAAGCUGCGACCGCUCCAUUCGUCUAUGGUGGAAGGGUUCCUGCCAACGGAGUUUAAGAGGUCACAAUGGCCCAGUCUCUACCUUGUCAGAUAAAUUGUUAGGUGAUGGUAGUAGCAAAGUAUUGGCAAGUGGAGGGGAAGAUGGUACUGUUCGCCUUUGGUCCCUUAACUCCAGUGGCCAGCGUGGCCAGCAUGGGCUAAAGGCUACUCUUUAUGGGCAUGAGAAACCUGUAAAGUUGAUGUCAGUUUCUGGGCAUAAAACUUCUUUUUUGGUGACCAUGUCAAAUGAUUCCAAGGUGAGGGUUUGGGAUACAAAUACAUCAUCUGCUGAGCGUUUAUCAUGCUGUGUGGGCAUGACAACUGUUCCUGGUGCACCUGUAAAUAUGAAGUGCCAUGAAUCCAUGCUCUAUGUUGCUGCUGGUUCCUCUGUCAUUGCAAUUGAUUUGAGGACAAUGCAAAAAGUAAUCACUGCUGCAAUUUAUCAACCGAAGUUGUACUCAUUUGAGAUUAUGCCUUCAAAAUCAUUAAUCUGCACAGGUGGUAAUGGAAGAGCAAUGCUGUGGGAUAUUAGGAGAAACAUGGACACAAUGAAACCAGAACCAAUAGCCGAGUUGGAUGGACACACAGGCCCAGUUACGUUAUUGCACAUGGAUCAGUGCAAAAUAGUUACAGGAGGCCCCAAGGAUUCUUUCAUUAAUGUUUGGGAGGCUGACAGUGGUACACAAACAAAUUCGUUGAUUUGCGGUCCUCCAGAGAGAGUAAGUGGGUGUUCUGCCCUGGCUGUAAAUGGGAAUAGCAUUGUUACUGCUAGCUUUGGUGAACAACAUGGAGUUCUCCGCGUUAGGGACUUUACCAACGCUUCUUGCCCUGUUGCCAAGCCCGAGGAUGAGCAUGCUUCGAAGUUUUGGGAUCCACAGUCUUAUAGUGAUUCUAAUGGCUCAGAUUGCUGAACGGAUUUGCUUGUAUACUGCCUAUCAUGUUCUCAUUUUUUUUUUUCUUUCUUUUUGAACUAAAUUAAUAGCGCUAGUAAUCUCAUGGUUUUCUAAUUAUUCUUUACUUCUUGCCAUUGUCUUUUGAUGGCGAGGGGGGAUUUUUCCAGUAUAUGGACCAGAUCAGCUGUGUUUU